UUUUUUGGGCCUCGUCGCUUUCCGUUGUCUCAUCAAACACUGGCGCUAGCAUAGCUGCGCUAACUGCGCACAUCUUUUGAUUGACGUGGACGGAAUCAACAUGUCCCGUUUAGAGAACGCCAACCCGGUGAUCUUCCAGCGGUCCGGCGACAGGCUGCUGACGUCAAACGACGAGGACGAGGACGUGCACGACCCCAUCGACGAUAGGGAAAUAUUCGAUCUGAUCAGAGCCAUCAACGACCCGGAGCAUCCUCUGUCCCUGGAGGAGCUCAACGUGGUGGAGCAGGUCCGCGUGCAGGUGAAUGACGCAGAGAGCGUCGUGGGCAUCGAGUUCACGCCCACAAUCCCCCAUUGCAGCAUGGCAACACUCAUUGGUCUGUCAAUCAAAGUCAAGCUGCUACGCUCCCUGCCAGACCGGUUCAAAAUCGAUGUCCACAUCACUCCCGGGACUCACGCCUCAGAGGAAGCAGUAAACAAACAGCUGGCGGACAAAGAGAGAGUCGCGGCGGCUCUGGAGAACUCCUCGCUGCUGGAGGUGGUCAACCAGUGCCUGACCCCCACCAAGACCAUCUGAGCGGCCAAUCAGCUCUGUCGUCUUUGCUGCUCUGAGCCGUCGGUCGGCCAAUGAUGUUUGACUCUUGUCUUUGACCGGUGAGAAGGUUGCACCAAGCUCUCCUUCCACCUGCACAUCUACAGAGACAAAUCCAGGUCCACGGUUGUAAUCAUUUGAAAAACAAAUGUCAACCUCAAAGUUUAAGUUUAAGUAUGCAGCAAUGUAUUCCAAAUGAAAAUACGAAAAGUUUUUUGAGGUUGAAUAUAGUUUUAGCUCAGUAAAAUAUUUUUCAUUCUUCACUUUUAUACUUUUUUUUCAUAUUUGCAGUAUUAUCUUUUUCGGUUGUACAUUUUAUAUUUUCAAUUUAAAUCUUAUAUUUUCAAGUUACAGAUCUUUUUUUUAACUUUCAAAUCUUUUUUUUUCAGAUUCAGACUUUUAACCCCGAUGUGGCGAAGGGGGCGGGGCAUCAACUGUGAGAGGGGCGUGUAAACAUGAGUGACAGCUCAACGAAUAAGUCUGAGGACACAUUCAGACUUUCUCGGUUCAACAGCUUGUGUCUCACAGGCAAGCUGUCACUCAUGUUUAUUCGCCCCUCUCAGAUGAUGCCCCGCCCCUUACGCCACUUCAGGGUCAAAAGUCUGAAUGUGGAAAAAAAAAAGAUCUGAAAGUGAGAAAAAUAUUUCAAACUUGAAAAUAUAAGAUUUAAAUCUGAAAAUAUAAAAUAUGGAAACCGAAAAAUAUAAUACAGAGAAUAUGGAAAAAAAUUAUAAAAGUGAAAAAUGAAAAAAAUAUUGUAUCCAAAAAAAAAACUUAAAUUCAACCCCAAAAUACUUUUCGUUCACUUUUUUUUGUUUUUCAAUACCUUGUUUUAUGUUUCAAUGUUCAAGAACAAAACAUAAACUUUCAGGUUUGUCUUUCAAAUGAUUCAAACUUUUGGCCUGGAUUUGGCUCCACACACAUCCUCCAUCAUCAGUCCAGCUGUGUCCAGGUGUGGACAGCUGCAAACGGUGGAGACAAAUGCAGAAAAACAUCUCUGCACCAGAAGAGUAUUAAAAAGCAAUUUAUUGUUAUGCAGAAUAUUUGGGUUUAAAUAGUUAUUUUUCUUUCACCUGGACUUUCUACAUCAGUGUAUAAAAAAAAUAUGAAACUGCCUGUCAGGUCACUCACAGUAAUUCAUAUUUUAGGUUCUUUACUCUAUUAUUCUAACAUAUGUAAUUCAGCAUUUUUGGGACUAUCCCAAAACUGUAUAUAUUAAUAAUGCUUUUGGCAUUUAAUUAAAGAUGGAAAUAUGUAUUAAACAAUUA